UCUGUUCCUGGGCCGUUAGUAGAACCCCUGGAUUCGUUGUUUUGUUUUGUCUUUCUAGAUCUUCUGCUCCUGGAGGACAGGAUCUGAAUUUGGUUCAGGUAUAUUUCUUACUAGCUAUGCAACUCGAUGGAAAACACAGCGAAAGCAAAUAAAAAGGAUGUGCAAAAUGGGCCAAUAAAAGAAGUCAAAUUGCCUACCAGCGAAGCACUUCUAGAAUAUUACUGUCAGAUAAAGGAAAGUGCAGUAGAACGAUACAUGGUUCAAAUAAAGAAACUUAGGGAAAAGAACCAAAAGUAUCAUGAAAGAAAUAAACGCUUAAAGGAUGAACAGGGUUGGCACCUGCGGAAUCUACUAAAGGAACUAAGUGAAGCGAAGUCAGAGGGAUUACCAGUUGUAACAAGAGAGGAAGUUGAAGACGCAAUGAAGGAAAAAUGGAACUUUGAGAGAGACCAGGAACAAAACUUGAAAGAUAUGCGCAUGCAAAUAAGUAAUGCUGAGAAACUAUUUCUUGAGAAACUCAGUGAGAAGGAAUAUUGGGAAGAGUACAAGAAUGUAGGGAGUGAACAACAUGCUAAACUCAUUAUCUCCUUACAAAAUGACAUCAAUACAGUUAAAGAGAAUGCAGAGAAAAUGUCAGAACAAUAUAAAAUCACUCUGGAAGAUGCUCGAAAGAGAAUAAUCAGAGAAACUUUGUUGCAACUGGACCAAAAGAAGGAAUGGGCCACAGAGAACGCUAUAAAGUUCAUUGACAAGGGCAGCUGUCGAGAGAUCUGGGAGAAUGACUGGCUAAAAAAAGAGAUUGCAAAUCACAAGAAGGAAGUUGAAGAAUUGGAAAACACUAUUUAUGAACUGGAAGAAGAAAAUUUGGUGCUUAUUGAGCAACUAUUCAACUGUAGACUCGUGGAUCUUAAAAUACCCAGGCGACUAUAUCUUACCCAAGCUGCCGGACUGGAAGUGCCACCUGAAGAAAUGCCUUUGGAGUUUCCAGAAACAUAUAUAGGAAAGGCAAAAUUGCAACCCACAGAAGUAAAACGUAGAGACACGAUGAGCUCCUCAGCUGGGAGCAGUGCUUUACAUGUUAGUCAUGAGGAUAGCAUCCAAUAUGGCCAGUAUCCAAAGAUAGAUGAAAAAGAGAUCUCAUGUAUAGAGUUUGGGGCCUCUGAUAUGAAAUACUUACUAUAUGAGGAUGAGCGGGAUUUCAAGUAUUACGUAAAGUUGGGCCCCCUGGAAGUGAAGCUCAUGAGUGUGCAGAGUAAGAAAAUGCCCAUUCAUUUUCAAGAGAAGGAAAUGCCAGUCAAAUUCUGUGAAGAUGUCAGGAUCCCAGAAAGCCACAUCACAUAUAAGAUGAUGAAGUCUUUUCUCUAAGACUGAAAGCUGCAAAGUAAAACAACUUUUCUUUAUAAAUUUUCUUUGGAAACUGAAGUAUAUCAGUUGCCCAUUUUAUUUACACUUUGGUCCAUUUUUAAACCAGCUGUCAUUUCUAUGGGUCAUAAUUUCAUUUAAAAUCAAAGUUCCAAGUAUCCAGCUAUUCAUUCACCUGGAUGGCAUGAGUG